UACACGAUUCAUGAACCAGACAGUGUGUUGUGUGCGUAAGAGCCGUAAUCCUGUUAAGUGAAAAAGCGUAAACAUUAAUGAAUUUGUAUUGAUUCAUUUAUUAGCUGAUAGUGUCAAUAUUCUGUAAAUUGGAUAAAACACCUCUAUAAAGUGACAGAGCGGUGCAAAUCUAAAUUACUAACAUUAAAUUAUAGUGACACUUCGUUUUAAGCAAAUUAUUAUGAGAAUUGAAGUGUAAAGUGUGACAAAGUUACUUUCUCGUUUCAUUAAUUUUGUACCUAUUCAGUGGUUGAACAUUAACAAAAUGAGUUAAACAAAUAUUUCGCCUGCUAAUUGGAAGUUGGGAACAAUAAAAAUGACUACAGACAGGUUUCACAAAGCUGCAAAAGACGGUCUGCUGGAGGUGUUGCGUGAAGCCACGAGGAAAGAAUGCAACAAUAAAGACGAAUCUGGUAUGACGCCCACAUUAUGGGCCGCCUUCGAGGGUCAUAUUGACGCGCUGAGGUUACUCUGUGGACGAGGAGGAGAACCAGACAAGAGCGACUACUUCGGCAACACUGCCCUUCACCUAGCUGCCGCGCGCGGUCACAAAGAGUGCGUCACAUUCCUGGUCAACUUCGGUGCCAACGUCUACUCCAUGGAUGUCGAUGGUCACACUGCUCAAGAGCUGGCGGCUAUUAACGGCAGGGAUGACAUCCUGAGGUUUCUCGACCAGGCUACGGGAAAAUUAGAAAAUAAUGACAAAAAGAAAGCCAAAUCAUAUAAAGAGAAAGCUAGAAAAGACCUGGAGAAGCUACAGAAGCAAUACCAAAAGAGACAGAGUAAAGCUGAAGUUAUGGCGGAGAAGGAAUUAAAGAAAUUAGCAAAAGAAUGGGAAGAGGGAUAUAAUGAAGUAUCAAUUAUGCCGCACCGUCCGAGUAAUGUGCUGAUGGCGUUGAAGCAGAAGAUGACGAGGUCCACGAGUCAAGGUAAUCUUUUGGACGAGCAACCCAGACCUACGUACAGCGCACUGGUUGGGACUGUGAACUCUGGCGCGAGGGGCCGUGGAGCAGUCUAUAAGAAAGCUUUAGCGACCAAACUGCGGAACGGCACUGUUAGGAAAAACAAUAAUGAUGACUUUAAGGUGGGAGAAACAGAAGUGACAGGUCGCAGGUCGGUGACAUCAUUGAGCGGUGUGCGUCGAGACUCGGAGGUCAUGUAUGUGGGAACUUUUGGCGCCGGUCCUCAACAGAGAGGAAAUCUAGCGCAAGUAUUCACAGAGACAGAGCCCAAGACAAACCUCACAAGAUCAGCAAGUCAACCAGAUUUCAUGGCAGCAGUUCAGAACGAGGAUAGUGGGCUAGGCCAGGAGGUAAUGCUGCAGGAACCAGCUAGCAUAUUCGACAGACCAGGCUUCGGCAGUGUCGCUUUCAGACGGUCGAUAACAGCCACUCUGAGUGCCCUACCGGCGGGUGCCAUCAGCGGUACGGGCACAGUCGGUGAGGACGUGUCCAUCGGGUCUGCGGGCUCGCUCGCACGCCACGCCUACCAACCCGCUGAGUGGAACUCUGCCCACUCCGGUAGCUCAACAAUAACCUCAGAUGAAGAAGGUGACUCCGAAGAAACAGGCUACGCUUCCCUUGAGAGGUUCCUAACAGCCUGGGGGCUCUCCAACUACAUCCAGAAGUUCAAAGACGAGCAGAUCGACCUGGAUGCGCUCAUGCUGCUCACAGAAAGCGAUAUGAAGUCGCUGGGUCUUCCUCUUGGACCCUACAGGAAGCUGGUUACUGCUGUACAAGAGAGGAAGCAGGCGUUAUCACAUCCGGGACCUAUUAUAGAUACAGCUAUUUAAUAACAAAAAUAGGCCAAAUAUAUUUAUGACAGUUAAA